AUGGCCAUCCCCAAGGCCGCCGACCUGCAAGCUUUGGCAGCCACCAACCAGGCCCAGGCGGACAACAUUGUUGCAGCGGGCACUGCAGACAAGAGGCCAGGCUGCCGCAAGGAGAUCGUGGAGAACCUCCUCGAGGUCUUUGAAGAGGCCCUGGAGUUCACCGGGAGGAAGAUGAAGGUCAUCAACACAGGCUACGAGGGCGAGUUCAACAUUGCCACCAGCGCCAUGGACAAGCUGGCGGAGCUGAAGAAUCGGCACAACAACCUCCAGGCGCAGCUGGUGAUCAUGGGCCCCGGCCAGGCCCGGGCUUUUUGGCGGAAUGGGUUGGAGCGAAGCGAGCUUCCGCAAAGGAGAGCUGGUGAAAACGGGGCCGGUGGGGGGGUUGGGGGAGAACGGAAGAAGCAGCCGGAAGGAAGGUUUUGGGAGCAAUAA